AGGGUUAAGUGUUCAAACCUGCACCCGCCCGCCCGCGAGGAGACGGAAGAACUUUCUUGAUUAGCAUAGUAUCUGCCCUGGGGGCCGCACUGCGACGCGGCGGGUCGGUCCCAGCGAGGUGAAGAGUGCAGUCCCCUCUCGAUUGAGGUUUGACGCAGCACCUGCUUCCAAUCUGAAGGACCCGAGCCUUCCAACUUUGCCGAACAAUACACUGUGGAAUGAAACAGAACAGAGAUCAGAAGUAUCCUGUUUCUCAGAGGAACAUUUCUUCUCGACAGCCAGGGAGAGAGCCUGGAUGCUCAAGCUGGGGAAUGGCAGUCAACGUGUAUUCUACCUCGAUAACCCAGGAGACUAUGAGCCGACAUGACAUCAUUGCCUGGGUUAAUGACAUAGUGUCUCUAAACUACACGAAAGUGGAACAGCUUUGUUCAGGAGCAGCCUACUGCCAGUUCAUGGACAUGCUCUUUCCUGGUUGCAUUAGUUUGAAGAAAGUAAAAUUUCAAGCGAAGUUGGAACAUGAGUACAUUCACAAUUUUAAGCUUCUGCAAGCAUCGUUUAAGCGAAUGAAUGUUGAUAAGGUAAUUCCAGUGGAAAAGCUCGUGAAAGGGCGUUUCCAGGACAACCUGGAUUUUAUUCAGUGGUUUAAGAAGUUCUAUGAUGCUAACUACGAUGGCAAGGAGUAUGACCCCGUAGAAGCACGACAAGGGCAAGAUGCAAUUCCUCCUCCCGACCCCGGCGAACAGAUCUUCAACCUGCCCAAGAAGUCUCACCAUGCAAACUCCCCGACAGCAGGUGCGGCUAAAUCCAGUCCAGCGUCUAAACCAGGAUCCACACCUUCUCGUCCCUCAUCAGCCAAAAGGGCUUCGUCCAGCAGCUCCGCAUCCAGAUCUGAUAGAGAUUUAGAAACACAGGUCAUACAGCUUAAUGAACAGGUACAUUCAUUAAAACUUGCCCUUGAAGGCGUGGAAAAGGAGAGGGAUUUCUACUUCGGAAAGUUGAGAGAGAUUGAGCUCCUCUGCCAGGAACACGGGCAGGAAAACGAUGACCUCGUGCAGCGACUCAUGGAAGUCCUCUACGCUUCGGAAGAACACGAGGGCCACCCGGAGGAGCCGGAAGCAGAGGAACAAGUCCACGAACAGCAGCCCCAGCAGCAGGAAGAGUACUGAACCGUCUCGGCAGCUCUCCACACUUCCGUUCUGGUGGGAACUUUUCUUCUGGAGAAUUGGAACACCUGUGGCCUCAAGCUCAUCAGAAACCAGUUGUUCCCAGCCUGCUGUCCCAUCACUGCGCCGGCGCCCAUGCCAGCCACCGCGCUCGGUUCCCAUUUCCUUCGCCAAGACACACUAGCUGCGGCCGUGGGCAGCCUCCCCAAGACAUCACGGGGUCACAUACCUUCAACUUCACCACCUGGCUGCUUGAGAUUGGUUCUGCUCUUUGCAUUUCUUUCCAGAACAACUGUCCCCACCCCCACCCCACCCCCUUUUUAUCCUGGUGUGAAACAAUGGUAAUUUGAUAUAUGGUAUUUAUAUUGGCAUUUCUCAACCCAGUGUCACUAGAUGUCACACACAUUUGUGGUGCUUUGAUGUUUGCAAGUCUAACCUCUGAACAUAAAUUUGGUCAGAUAAUAAAUUGGAACAAAGGGAAAGAGAUACUUGAUAUGAAAGCCAUAUGACAGUGACUUAUUUCACGGGGAAAAACACCAAGUCAGUUUCUCCCUCUACUCACAAACAAAAGGGAAAAAAAAAAAAGGAAUCAAAACUAGGACGUCAGGGCCCAGCAGUGUUCAGACAUCGGCAUGGUAGACAACCACACAGUAUGUUGUUAGUUUUGAAAGACAUUCACUCAAGGAAAACACCAUCUCGACUUGGCCCUCUAACUGCUUGCCCUUUCCCUCGCCUCCCCCCACCCAGAUUCUCAUGCUCUUUUCUUUCUCAGGGUCCUCUUUGGUGGGGAGCCACUCUCCUCAAAAGCUGUCAUCAGUUGUCUGCAGUCAGAGGGGGUCUGCAUGGGCACAGGUCCUCCCGCCUCCUCCUGUGGGUUUCAGCCCAGAUCCUCUCAUCCACACUAGGGGAUUCCUACUAAAGAAUGACUUCAGGGUGUGCAGCCCCGGGCGGCAGGGUCCCGCAUCAUGCUGGAAGGCUGGGAGUGAAGACCUUAUGAAUAGGAGUGUAAGCCCAAGGGAGAAUCCUGGUUCUGAAGUCUGCUGUUGACACUGGAAUGACAGCACAGGAAAAUCUGACUCCCAAUGCCUUGUGGAAUAAAGAAUUCCCCCUCUUCAAUACUAUGGCCCUCCUUGUCAUUGACCUUCGCUAAAUCGUGGCAGUUCAUAAACAGAGGAAACAGUAAUGAAUUAAAAGCAUUCCUUAUUUUUUUUAACUAAUAUUUGCACAUUUUCUUAGUAUCUUUCCAAAUCUUUGCCUCUUCCCCACCCCGCCCUUUGACAGAUGGUUUCCCUUCCUGGAUCAUUCAUUUCACUCGGUUUCUGACUUUAGAUUUUCUUUCACUUGUUAUUUGACUUAGCAGGUACAACAAAAACAGCAAACAAGUGUGCCCACCCCACUUUCCUCUUAAUUGAAAAGCUUAAAAUAAAUUUCUGAAUUAUGUAUCAUAAAGCUUUGACAUUUCUUUAUUAACUGAUGACAUACUAAUCCUAAAUUCUAGCAUUGAAGCUUUCCACCAAAAGAAGUCUUCUCAAAAUAAAUCUUCUGUGGCAGAGUGGUAUUUACUGAGUAACAUGUGAAAAAGAUUGCUUGUAUUUUUGAGGUUAUUACAGGACACUGUGCAGAACUGGACAGAUGUUUCAUGGGGUUUGGUUUCCCUUUCUUCUCUCUCCUGCUUGCUCUGCACUACAGCGGCAGCUCGUUUCUCUCAGGCUGGAAUACGGCCUGGCUCUCGGCGGUGACAUCCUCCCACACCUGGUCGCAGGGAGUGGUCGUGCUAUACGCAGCAUCGCGCUUAACAGUGUGUCGUCCCCACCCCCUCCCUCCCCUCCCCGCCCCGCCAAGCCUGUUGCACUCACUGAGUUUCCUUCUUUCUAAACAGCUCUUGUAAAGAGGCACGAUAAAUAAUUCCAUGCAGGUGAUCCUUCAGUGGUUCCUGGGCAGUUCUUUGCUUGCCUUGGACAUGUCAGUAAUACCCAGUGCCAGGUGGAUCGGGGACCACACUCCCAUCAUGUGGGUGCACGUGAUUACUGGGUAACGUGCAUAAGCCUCACCAGUGACACUCAGCCACUCUGUUCCUCCCCAAAUCCCCAACUUUCUCAGCUACAAACACACUGGCCAUAUAUCUGGCAAAGACAACUUUCGCCAGUCAUCCUACUUCCUUCUCCUUCCCGGAGUCUUGGGGCAGACUAUUCAUUUAUUUAGAGAGGAGCUAUAUACUUCUCUUUCUGUCAACAUCUGAAACGUCUUCCAUUGCCCUGCAUCGCAUGGGACAUCACUGAUGC